AUUAUUUGAAUGUUUUUAUGGCUUUAGCUGCAAGAAUUAGAGAGAUAUUGGAGAAUGUGGGGCUAGCACAAGAGAGUUUGCCCUCAGAUGUGGUUGGGUCGGUUCAAGUUCUUGCAAAUGUGGCAAACUUGUUGAACAUAAGAGAUACUGAACUAAAUAGUUUUCUUGUAACAAUGGGGGAUAUUUCCUUGAGGGUGGAGGAAAAGGCACAGAGGGAUAAAGCACAGAAGGAGUCCAAAAUUCUUCUUGAUUACACUCAGAAGGCAAUAGCAAGACUUACCUAUUUAAAAAGAACGCUUGGACAACUUGAGGAAGAUGUAGCUCCAUGCGAAGACAAACCUGGCAGUUAUGGCAUCAAAGAAACGGCAAUAUCUGCAACAAUAUUCCAACUAAAAGGUAUCUAUUCUUUGUUAUCACUGUAAGGAAUAAAUUAAGUUGAUAAUUAGAAAGAUUAAAACUGUCAUUUCCCGUCCUUGUUCAGGUUAUAUGAACAUCUAAUAAUUAAGGAUUUCAUGACCUUAAGCAGUCGUCAUCCUAAUGAUAAUUUCUCAACUUCAGAUUUUAAGUUUUCAAUUCAUCACAUCUUUGCCCUAAAUGUAUGAUUGAUUGACAAGUUUAUGAAAAUAUAGAAAUUUAGGUCCUGUUUGAUAACAUUGCUGGCUUUUGUUUUUUAUUUUCAGAAAACUAACAACAGU